AUGGGCCAGAAAGGUUCCUCCGAACAGAGGGAUGGCAGCAAGACGAGAGAAGAUAGUUCUGCAGCAGACGACAACCACAAGUGCAGAGUGUGCCGCUUUCCUCUGCUCGUGGCCUUGUCGCAGCUGCUCUUGGGGGUAGCCGUCACUGUGGUGGCCUUCCUCAUGCUGGCCAUCAGCCCUUCACUGUUGGCCAGAGAGACGCCACACUGGGCUGGGAUCUUUAUGUGUGUGGUUGCCAUUGUGGGAUUCAUCCUGUACUGUGUCACCUACCGCCCAGAUGAGCGUUCAACUGUGCAGUUCAUUGUCAAGCUCCUGUACUUCGUGUUCAGUACAAUUGGCCUGGUCAUAUCCGUGUUGGUUGUGGCUUUCGCUGGAUACCACCACGCGCAGACCAGCAGCUUCAGUUGUCUGACCGCCGCAGAGGCCUGCGUGUGCACGUUGGACCCCCGCGACCCAAUUGCUCGCACUUUUACUUAUGAAGGUGUCAGCGACUGUCAGGAGAUUACAGAGACACUUGUACUCUACCAUAUGCUCCAGAUUGUGCUCAACCUGGCUCAGGCCUUCUUCUGUGCUGUGGCUACCUUCAUCAUGUGGAAGCACCGCUACCAAGUCUUCUUCUCUGGUCUUCAAAUCGGAUCCCUACAGCGGUGGAACAAGAUUUAA